CUGCUUUUUCUCCUCUCUCUCUGAGUAUUUCACCCUGCCUCAAUAUAUUUUACCCCGGCGGAGAGAGAGAGAGACUCCCAUGGAACCCCGGGUUCCGCUGCUGUCGUCAGUAACUUGGAGCGCUCUGGGAACCUUGUGAACUUCCCCCGUCGGUGCCUCUGUCUGUUCCGGAGUAUUGGAGAGAGAGAGAGAGAGAGACGGAGGGAAGGGGAAGGGGGGAGCAGUAGUUGAUGGGGACGAAAGCAGAAGCAGCCCUGCAGACGAAGACUCCUCUGGAGACCUCAGAACCAGGACCAGCUAGAACCAACAAGCAGGACCUCCAGCUGGUGAUACCUCCCCAGGGACAGGCCACCAUGAUGGGCCAGCGUCUCAACCACCUCUCCGUCCUGGGGCUACUCUUACUGCUCCUGGACCUGGAUGUGAGUCGUGGCUCCGCUGCUCCCGCUGAGGACGAGGAUUACUACAUGCAGGAGUUACUCACCAGGGACCACUACUACCACGUAGCACCUGAGGAGGAAAUAGUACCACCUGUUCCCCCCUUCGAAGGGGCCCGAGGGACCGACAGGAACAAACGUCCCCCCAGCCUGGAGACGAACAACAGAAACAAACGUCCCCCCAGUCAGAAGGAGACAACCAACAGGAACAAGCGUCCCUCCACCCAGAAGGAGGCGACCGGCAAGGCAGAGAACGUCAGACAAACAGACAAGACCAGGGUCACUGAAACCAAGUCAGUGAAGAAUGGAAACAAGAAGGAUGAGAAGAACAAAAAGGGAACGUUGAAAACUCCCAACAGCAUCAAUGAGGGAGAGGGCCAAUACAAGUCAGCGAAAGAGGGUGAUGCAUGA